UUGAAAACUCGCAUUGAACUCUCCGCUGCUCCCUCGCUGUCUCCAGACUCUCCACUGAUCGACAAUGGCCGCUGCGUCGAACUCGCUCUUCUCCCUCGCUUCCUCUAACUCACUGAGUCGUCCGACUCGGGACCUUGCUCAUUUUUCUCUUCCUGUCUCCAGAUCCAGCUCCGCCACGUUCCGUGUCAACCGCCGGUCCAAUUCGCUCGUCUUGUGCUCCCCGAAUGGCUCCAACAGCGAGAAAGAGACUCCAAUCGAAUUCAAAUACGAGGCGUUUCCUACGGUGAUGGAUGUAAAUAAGAUUCGAGAGAUUUUGCCACACAGGUUCCCAUUUCUGUUAGUGGAUAGAGUGAUAGAGUACACGCCUGGUGUAUCGGCCGUAGCGAUAAAGAACGUGACCAUUAACGACAACUUCUUUCCUGGGCAUUUCCCUGAAAGGCCUAUAAUGCCGGGCGUUCUUAUGGUUGAGGCAAUGGCUCAGGUUGGAGGAAUAGUGAUGCUGCAACCGGAAGUGGGCGGCUCUCGGGAUAACUUCUUCUUUGCUGGAAUUGACAAAGUUAGAUUCAGGAAGCCCGUGGUGGCAGGCGAUACUCUUGUGAUGAGGAUGACUCUCAUCAAGCUUCAGAAACGUUUUGGCAUUGCGAAAAUGGAAGGGAAAGCAUACGUCGGAAACUCCAUUGUUUGCGAGGGUGAGUUCUUGAUGGCAAUGGGAAAGGAGGAAUGAUUUUGCUUUUGCUCUUAAUAUUCCUACUACUUGAAACUCUUUCCUUUCUUUAUUUGUCUUACUUGCCACUCGUGGUUUGCAAACUCUAUUUCUCUUCAUUCCUACCAUUUAGAUUACUAUGAUAGA